AUGAGACUCAUUGUGCGCGAAGAUUCGACUUCGGUGGCAGAAUACGUGGCCAACUAUAUAACAACACGAAUCAAAGAGUUUGGCCCUAGCCUAGCUCGGCCUUUCGUAUUGGGCCUUCCUACUGGUAGUAGUCCUAUCGAGGUGUAUCGGAUCCUAACCGCCAAGUACAAGGCCGGCGAGGACGAAUAUGUCGGCAUCCCAAGGGAUCACCCACAAAGCUACCAUUCCUUCAUGUGGCAUUAUUUUUUCUCCCAUGUAAACGUUAGACCUGAAAAUGUUCACAUUCUAAAUGGGAAUGCAGAAGACCUGGAGUCGGAGUGCGCUCAAUUCGAAACAGCAAUCGAGGCACUCGGGGGUAUUAAUCUAUUCCUGGCGGGGAUCGGCGAAGAUGGCCACAUUGCCUUCAACGAGCCUGGCUCAAGCUUAGCCAGCCGCACUCGUGUGAAGACACUAGCCUAUGACACUAUACUCGCCAACUCAAGGUUUUUCGGCAACGAUGUCAACCAAGUGCCAAAAAUGGCACUGACCGUUGGAGUUCAGACCAUCUUGGAUGCCAAGGAGGUUGUCACAGUUGCGUUAGGAGCCCGCAAGGCAGUGGCGCUGCAAAAGUGUAUUGAGAACGGCGUCAACCACAUGUGGACGCUUUCUGCCCUUCAGCUCCAUCGACACUCCAUGGUAGUUGCAGAUGAAGACGCGACGCUCGAGCUGCAAGUCAAGACUUUCAAGGUUCGGAACCACCAUCUACACCCUAUGUCGAUCAUGACGCUAACAAUUCAUACAAAGUAUUUCAAAUCGAUCGAAAAGGUUGCUAGGGAAGAAGGUUUCGAUCAGGCUCUUCCCCGAAGUCUUCGUAAAGGAACGCGCGUGGCACUCUCUGAUAACAUCAAAAUCAACGGUCAGAUACAGUCUCCGGUGGCUCUCAAGCCCAUUGAAGUGCAGCCAUAUCUGCUUCGCGCGAAUAGUCCAGUGCUCUCUGGUCCAAUUUCCAGGUCUGCAACUCCUGAGCCCAGUCUAGACAGUAUGAGUUCGCGAAUCGAGAUUGGGGCUUAG